AUGCACGAUUCCGAGUCCGGUCUUUUUGACUCUGUCCAGGUGGAUGGCGGAGAAGAGAGUGCGAAGUUCGACUGUCUGGCCUGUCCGCCUCCUUUUUUACCCAGACAGCCCACGUUCCUAGCAAAUUCCAAGGCGCCGCCAAUCCAGUUCCCACGCCCUCCAUCUUCUUCCAUUCAAAUUGCAAUCAAGAGCCCGAGACAGCCAAACAGUGCACCUCCCCCCCCUUUAUACCGGAAACGGCGCCCACCCCAUCUCAACCGCUGGUUUGCUGGAAUGGUCGAAGAGGCGAACAGUGGGGACAUUGAGAAGAAGAAGAGGACGAAGAAGAAGAAGAAGAAGAAGAAGAAGAUUCGAUCGCUGGGACAACACUUUUAUUCGUUUGCCGUUUCGACAUCGGUCGCAGAUUCUUCAUCAGAUACAUGA